AUGAUCCCAGACUUCCCGAUUCCGGAGGAGAUCGAGCUGUUGCACUCGAAGCCGUCGCGGCCGGUUUUUGAGCGGUAUUCGUUGAAAUGGGUACCGGAAGCGCUGAGACAUCAUGCGAGUUUGUCGACGCAAUCAUCGCAAGCCAGUAUUGAAUUGAAAAAAGAAGCCCCAACCCCCACGCCGCCGAAAUCCACCCAUUUCCAUCUACGCAAAUCGCUGAAGAAAUGGGCCCACCGGAAGGAGACAACAAGCAGCGGCGUGUCCCACAUCAAACCCCAGACCUUCCAAGCACUAAAUAUGCUCGCCACAAUCUCCACACAUUUUGUGCAAAAACUC